GAGCUGCAACAGCUGUCGGUGUGCGAGCAGCUCGGUGCCAUGGUUAAGGUUUGGAGGUGCCUGAUCCCGGAUACCGCACCGGUAAACACAGGCGGCGUUUGCAACAGGCCGGUGAAUAAAAUCCUUAGGUUACACCCAGCCCUGGCAGGACCAUUCCAUGAGCAGAACGCGGUCCAAGAAUUCCAAAACGGCUGCGGUGUAAAACUCGACUCGAGCUUAAUGGUUGCGUUCUUUACACGUGCAAACCUGCACCCGCUGAACAUUAUCCUGUCGCCGGAACCUUAUGGCAGAGUAACAGCAAUAAUUAAUUGGGCGCAGUCCGGAUAA